UAUGUAAGUAGAGUAAGUCGAUUAUCAAUAAUUUGUUGAGAGAAAUAACAUAUUGCCAGAUGAAUCGAUUUAUCAUUUCAAUUAAGAAGAAUAGAAUGAUUUCAUCGAUAAGAAACCAUGGGAUAAUUCACCUAACUAUUUUAAGAAAUGCAAAAUUUCAAUUGCUGCUGUAAUAAAAAUGCUUAUUCAUGCAUGUCUUGGAAGUAUUUGAUUAUUAAUCUAAAAAUAGAGAAUAAUGAAGUAAUGGGUCUAAUGCAAGGUAGAUGUGAUAAGGAAACAUUUAUCAUUUAUGAUGUAAUCUAUUUAAAUGCAGAAGCAAGUGAAGUGAAUGUUACUUUAAGUAAAUAUCCUUUUAUUAAAUUUAUUAGCUCCUGAAGCAAUGGGAGAAUAUGUAUAAAUGAUUGAAAUGUUAGAAACAGUUGGAAGAGUACAUCCUACAGUAGGUUGGUAUCAUUCUCAUCCAAGUUAUGGAUGUUGGCUUAGUGGAACAGAUGUAUAGAAUCAAAGAUUGUAAUAAAUGGGAUAUGGAGCAUUUGUAGCUGUUGUGAUUGAUCCAAUAAGAACUAUGACAAAUUAAAAGGUUGAUAUAGGUGCAUUUAGAGUGUAUCCUGAUGGAUAUAGACCAUUAAAAUGUAAUAAAUAAUGACAUAAUAGAGAAUUAGGAUGAAAAUAUUGGAAUUCCAACUUAAAAGAUCAAAGAUUUUGGAGCUUAUCAUGAUAAAUAUUAUUCUUUGGAUAUUGAAAUAUUUAGCAAUUCUAUUGAUAGUAAGAUAGUUUAAGGAUUAUGGGAAAGAUAUUGGGGUGUCAGAUUAUCAUAGUCUAUUCUAGAAGAUAAUCAGGUAGAUCUAAAUAUUUAUAGAUAUAGUUAUACUUUAGAUAGUGCUUAUGUGAUUUGAAGGAUAAAUGUUUCAUAAAAUAUGAAUAAUCUUAUCAAGGGAGUGGAUAAUAGAACAAUGAGAAAUAAUAAAUAAAAGAGGCUUAAAAAUUCUCAGUGGAAUUAGCAGGUGCAUUGCUUUCUGAGACUGUGAAGUAAAUAUUAUUCUAAUGA